AUGGCGGCUGGCUUCUUCAUCAGCAAGACCGUGGGCAUCGUGGCCAUCGUGCUGGCCCUGGGGGCUGUGGCCACCAUCAUCGCGCUCUCGGUGGUGUAUGCCCAGGAGAAGAACAAGGUGGUGGAUUCUGGCACCGCUGGCACCACCACCACCACCACCACCACCACCACCACCAAGGCAACCACCACCACGACCACCCUCCACACCAUGGCCACCCUCACCACCACUACUGUCAUCACCCCCACUGCCGUGCCCCAACACCCCUGGAACCAGUGGAGGCUGCCAAAGACGCUGGUGCCAGAGUCCUACGAGGUGACUCUGCAGCCCUUCCUCACACCCAAUGCUGACAACAUGUACAUCUUCAAGGGCAACAGCAGCGUGGUCUUUGUCUGCAAGGAACCCACUGACCUCAUCCUCAUCCACAGCAACAAGCUGAGCUACACCCUGCAGGGGUCCUUCUACGCCUCACUGAAGCCGGUGGAUACCUUCAUAGCACCCCGCAUCAACAGUACCUGGCUGGAGAUCCCCACCCAGUACCUGGUGGUGCAGCUCAAUGGCAUGCUGCAGCGGGGCCAGCGCUACCAGCUCUUCACCAUCUUCACGGGGGAGCUGGCUGAUGACCUGGCCGGCUUCUACCGCAGUGAAUAUGUGGAUGAGUUUGGCGUUAAGAAGGUGGUGGCCACCACACAGAUGCAGGCGGCUGAUGCGCGGAAAGCCUUUCCCUGCUUCGACGAGCCGGCCAUGAAAGCCAACUUCACGGUGACGCUGAUCCACCCCUCUGACCACAAAGCCAUUUCCAACAUGCCUGCUAUAAGGACCCAGCAGCAGGACAUCGGCGGGGAGAGCUGGAACAUCACUGAGUUCGACACCACCCCCAAAAUGUCCACCUACCUGCUGGCCUUUAUUGUCAGCCAGUUCAGCUACGUGCAUAAGUCCUCGGGGCAUGUGCAGAUUCGCAUCUGGGGCCGCCCCAAGGCCAUCGCCGAGGGCCAGGGCAGCUAUGCGCUCCAGGUGACCGGCCCCAUCCUCAGCUUCUUCGAAAAGCACUACAACACGGCAUACCCGCUGCCAAAGGCCGACCAGGUCGGCCUCCCUGACUUCAACGCGGGCGCGAUGGAGAACUGGGGGCUGCUGACCUACCGGGAGAACUCGCUGCUCUUUGACAAUGCCUACUCCUCCAUUGGCAACAAGGAGCGGGUGCUGACCGUCAUUGCUCACGAGCUGGCCCAUCAGUGGUUCGGGAACCUGGUGACGCUGCAGUGGUGGAAUGACCUGUGGUUGAACGAGGGCUUUGCCUCCUACGUGGAGUACCUGGGCGCUGCUGCAGUUGAGCCCUCCUGGAAUAUUAAAGACCUGAUGGUGCUGAAUGAGGUGUAUGCAGUGAUGUCGACUGAUGCCCUGACCACCUCCCACCCACUCACCUUCCGCGAGGACGAGGUUAACACCCCGGCCCAGAUUAGCGAGGUCUUCGACAGCAUUGCCUACAGCAAGGGAGCGUCAGUGCUGCGAAUGCUCUCUGACUUCCUCACCGAGGACGUGUUCAAGGCGGGGCUGCAGUCCUACCUCCACACAUUUGCCUACGGAAACACCGUCUACACGGACCUGUGGUUUCAUUUGCAAGAGGCUGUCACGAAGAGCAAUGUCUUGCUGCCUGACUCCAUCAGCAACAUUAUGGACCGCUGGACGCUGCAGAUGGGCUUCCCCGUGGUGACCGUCGACACCCUCACUGGCACUGUCAGCCAGAAACACUUCCUGCUGGACCCCACCUCCGUGGUAGAGAGACCCUCCAUCUUCAACUACACCUGGAUCGUCCCCAUCACCUGGAUGACACGCUCAACCACUGGGAACAGGUACUGGCUGACCAAAGUCACAGAAACCAACAACCAGUUCAAGGUGAACAGCUCCGACUGGCUCCUGCUGAACCUGAAUGUCAGCGGGUACUUCCGUGUCAACUACAACCAGGAGAACUGGGACCAGCUCCUCACCCAGCUCUCCACCAACCACCAGGCUAUCCCCAUGAUCAACCGUGCCCAGAUCAUCGAUGACGCCUUUAACCUGGCCAGGGCAAAGUACAUCAAUGUGACCUUGGCCUUGAGCACUACACGGUUCCUGAGCCAGGAGACGGCGUACAUGCCCUGGGAGGCGGCGCUCAACAACCUGCAUUACUUCCAGCUGAUGUUUGACCGCAGUGAGGUCUUUGGGGUGAUGACGCAAUACAUACAGAAACAGGUGAUGCCGCUCUUCUCCCACUACAAGAACAUCACCAAUAACUGGGUCACCAUCCCCAGUGACCUGAUGGACCAGUACAAUGAGAUCAAUGCCAUCAGCACAGCCUGCUCCUACGGCAUUGUCGAGUGCCAGGACCUGGCCACUAGAUACUUCAACGAGUGGGAGAAAAAUGUCACCCAUAACCCGAUCGCCCCGAACCUGCGCUCCUCCAUCUACUGCAGCAUAGUGGCCACGGGCGGGGAGAAGGCCUGGGACUUCAUCUGGGAGAGGUUCAAAGAGGCCACCGUCAUAUCUGAGGCCGACAAGCUCCGCACCGCCCUCUCCUGCAGCCCCUAUCCCUGGAUCCUCAACCGGUACCUGCAGUACACCCUUGACCCCAACAAGAUCCGGAAGCAGGACGCCACUGCCACCAUCAACAGCAUUGCCAGCAACGUGGUGGGGCAGCCCCUGGCCUGGGACUUCAUCCGCAGCAACUGGAGGAUGCUCUUCACCCAGUAUGGGGGUGGCUCCUUCUCCUUCUCCCGGCUGAUUUUAUCGGUGACCCAGCGGUUUUCCACAGAGUUUGAGCUGCAGCAGCUGAAGCAGUUCAAGGCAGACAACCAGGACAUCGGCUUCGGGUCGGGGACGCGGGCACUGGAGCAGGCGCUGGAGAGGACUCGUGCCAACAUCAACUGGGUGAAGGAGAACAAGAAGAUGGUGCUGACCUGGUUCCAGGGCGAGGUCGCCCCCAGCUAA